UUCUAUCUGUCUGUACCUGCUCUUUGCCUUGGCUUUGGCUGGCUGGCAUAGUCAUCAGUUAAUGAGCCAAAAAUAUCCAAGGUUUGACAAUGGAGAAGAAGUUUGAGAGAGCCGACACAGAGGAGGAGAGAAAGAUACGACAGUUACUCCGUGAGAAAUCAGGCCAAGCUGAUGGCAGAAAGGUUGACUGGAUGUAUAAAGGUCACAAGCCGGAUCGAGAAGAAUACCUUCUGGGAAAGAAAAUCACUAGUUUGAAAGAUUUUGAGGAUGAUGUUCCUCAGGCGGAGAAGAAAGUCGUUCCUGGUGCGUUAUUUGAUGAGGAAGCGAUCUCCUCACGUAUCCAGAUGGACAUGAAUGCGAAGAUGAGGGAAGACCCGUUAUUCGCUAUCAGACGACGUGAGGAGAACGAACGCAAGAAAUUACUGCAGAAUCCGGUUAAGAUGAAACAACUACAGAAAAAUCUUGAGAUGAUGCAGGCAAAGAAGAAAAGUGAAAAACACAAGCAAAAGAAGCACAAAAAGAAAUCAGGUGAUUCUAGCAACUCGGAUUCUGAUGAUGAACUUGUCAUUAAAUAUCUUCAAAUUCUCAAAUCAAAAAAGGCCUCUAGUAGAAGUGGCAAAUCCUCCUCAAAACAUAAACACAAAAAGAAGAAACAUAAGAAAAAAUCUGGUUCUAGUGACUCGGAUUCUGAUGAUGACAUAACAAAGAAAUACCUCGAAAUUCUAAAGCAAAAGAAGGAAAAAAGUGAAAACUCAUCAUUAAAACAAAAGAGUGAGGACUCUGGUAAGAAAAGGUCAAGGCCAUCAGGAAGUAAGCCGAGGUCACCUGCUCCAAGGCGAAAGUCAAGGUCACCUGUACGAAGGAGAUCAAAGUCGCCGAGAAGACAACCCUCGCGGUCACCUGUCAAGAGAAGGUCAAGGUCACCUGCUCGGAGGCGGUCACCGUUUCGGAGACGGUCACGGUCACCUGUUGGGAGGUUGCAAUCGCCAGUGAAGAGAAGAUCAAAGUCGCCAGUUAAGAGAAGGUCAAGGUCACCAAUUAGGAGGAGUUCAAGGUCGCCAGUUAGGAGGAGGUCAAGGUCACCAGCUAGAAAGGCUAGGUCACCUGUAAGGAAAAGAUCAAGGUCACCUGUGAGAAAAGGAUCACGUCGCACAUCGAGAUCACCUAUGAAAAAAAGGUCAAGAUCACCAGUAAGAAGAAGGAGGUCAAGUACAAAUAGUAGUUCAAGAUCACCUCCAAGGAAGAAGAAAACUCGUGAGGAGGAAUUGGAAGAGAAGCGACGUGAGAUGAUGCAGAAUGCUCGAGACUGGGAGGAAGAGCGGAAAACAAAGGUGGACAAAUAUCGAGCAGACGACGCGAAGGAAGAGAAAGAAUACAUGGAGAGGACUGAGAAGGAGGCGGAUUUUGUCAAUCCCAUGAUGGCCGAACAUGCAGCAAACAGCACAGUGGAGGACCGAAUACGCCGGAAUCGAUAUAAGAUCCAACGGACUAACGUAGCCUUGGAAUCAAACUUUGCUAGAAAAUAGAUUGACCGAUGAUGACUCUCUUUGUAAACAGUGCUUCUUUGGUUAGAUUCUGGAGACAGUUCACCAUGUCCUCCAUUUGUUUUGUCAACGUCAAUGGACGUCUACAUGUAUAGUUCGAGAAGCAAUGGGAGGAUGACAUUGAUUGGUUCAUCUAUCCUCCCAGUGAUGAAUGUCUGUUGUUUUUCAUCGAGACUUUAUAGACACUUUAGAAGAGGCCGAGUUCAGUGUUCUGAACAUUUAAAGUGAGCAAGGAAGACAUGGAAGAUAUUUCAGGGGGCAGGUGUGAAGUUUAGUGCUGCCCCCUAUGAAUGAAACUGUCAGGAGUCAAACAUCAUGGGUCUAACUAGUUGCAAUUCUGUAUCAGUAACAUUUUCCAGACGUGCUGCUAUGACUGCACUAUUUGCAAUGAUUUUAGAAUAAAUGACUU